UUCUACUUAAUUCGGACAUGCAGCUGCCAAAUCCCCCCGAUGAUGAUCCUGGGUGCUCAUCCUCAGUGAGUCAGACAGAGACUAGAAAGGUCAGUGGCACAAAUGAAAAGGUGACCAGUCAGAUUGUUGGGCCCAUGCUCCACAAAACUAAGAACCAAGACAGGAAAUUCAAAAAAAUCAAAAUUGCGGCCAAAGCACCAGCACAAGCCAACAAAAAAUAUCAGAUCCCUCGCUAUGUCCCCAAAGAACAUCAUCCUGGCUUCACAUCAGAUGAUCCAGUGGAUAUCUUCCUCACAUUUUAUCCCAAGUCCCUCAGAGAUGUCACACUGGAAAUGUCCAAUCUCUACGCUGAACAAAAAGGGAAAACGCUCAACCUGACUGAGGAUGAACUUCUUACAUUCUACGGUAUUCUGUUGAUCAGUGGAUACAACACAGUCCCAAGGCGGCGUCUUCUCUGGUCAGACGAUUGUGAUGUCAGCAACAAUGCUGUAAAAGAUGCCAUGCGGAGGAACAGGUUUGAUGAAAUUAUGUCUUCUGUUCAUUUAGUAGACAACAUGAAGAUCACAGCUGACCCGUUCUUCAAGGUGCGUCCCCUUUUUAAGCAUCUAAAUGACAUCAACAACGCAAUCCCGAUAGCAGAACAUGUGGCAGUAGAUGAGAUGAUGAUUGAGUAUUUUGGAAGGCAUGGGUGCAAACAGUUUAUUAGAGGGAAGCCUAUUCGUUUUGGGUAUAAAAUAUGGAGCUUAGCAUCCUCCUCCGGGUUUGUCCAUCAGAUGGAGCCAUAUGUAGGAAGCCACACACAUCUGGUGGAAACUGGACUUGGUCAGGGUCCAAGUGUGGUUCUUGGCCUGGCAGAGAAAGCUGAAGUGCCACCUGGAGUCAAGUUUUACCACGACAACCUCUUCACAACCCUGUCCCUGGUGGAUGAGAUGACCCUGAGAGGCUAUGGCAGCUGUGGCACGAUGCGACAAACUCAGCUCCAUAACGUUCCCUUCACAGCACCCCAGACCUUCAAGAAGACACCCAGAGGAGAUGCUGAGUAUCUGGUUGAGGCAGAGAAGCUGAUUGUAAGGUGGAAUGACAACAGCGUGGUCACCGUGGUGUCGAACAUGGAGAGGGAGUUCACCGAAACUGAGGCGAAGAGAUGGAAUAAACAGAAGCGGACUAUGGACAAGGUCAGACAGCCCAAGUGUAUCCAGGACUACAACACACACAUGGGAGGAGUGGACCUGCAUGACCAGUUUGUCAGCCGCUACAGAGUCAACAUCCGGUCCAAGAAGUGGUGGUGGCCAUGCUUCAGCUGGGCCCUGAACAGUGCCAUGGUGAACAGCUGGUGCUAUUACAGGUCCUGGAAAAGCGGGGAGAAGGAUCUCCUCUCCUUCCAGAGGCUGGUAGCCCAGACCCUCCUCCUGCGCCAUGGAACAAAGCCAAGUAGGCAGGGCAGAAGAUCUUCAAUGGCGGUGGCGAUAACUGAUGCCACCAGGUUUGAUAAUUUGAACCACUGGCCCUGCAACACUGGUAGCAGGUACAAGCGAUGCAAGAACUGCGGCGGACGCACAUCAUUUGCGUGUGGAAAGUGUGAUGUGCCACUACAUGUGGAGUGCUUCAAGAAGUACCACACUGAGUAG